UUUUCCAACGGCGUCAUCAGUAGCUCUUCGAGUCCACAUCCACAACCUCAUCCUCCAGCGGCAGUUCGGCAGGGCCGCGACCUCGGCCGACGACGACGCGCAGCGCGCCUUUCACGGCUGCCAGCGGGCUCUCCUCCAAGGAGCUCGGUUCCACGGCCGACGGUGCAGCAACUGAGAGGGAGAGAGCACAGAGAGGAGAGAUGGAAGGUCUGACGGGCAGCGAGAUCGCCGGCUUCGUGGUGGGUGCCCUGCUGCUCGGCGCCACCAUCGCGGCGCCCAGGGUCGACGGAUUCAUUGCCUCCUCCCAAAGAAGUUGGUAGCUGCUACCGUACGCAGAAAUGAAACUGAAGCUAAUUUUCAACUCCUCAGUUCUUCAGAAAAGAUGUCACUAGGUAUGUGUAAGAGGUGUGGUGAUCUUCGGAUAGUAGCAUGCUCACAGUGCAAAGGAAUUGGCUCAGUUCGGAAAGGAGGAAUGCUUAAUCUGGGCAUGCUAGAUGAUCUUUACGAAUCACUUGGGGCUGAAGCCAAGACUGAUAAUUUGAUUCCUUGCACAAAGUGCAGAUCCAAAGGUCGUCUCUUGUGUCCAGAGUGCUCGAAGAUCGCAUGACCAUUCAAUAAUAUGAGUGGUGCAAGGAAAUAUAAGGCUAUCAGUAUGCUCAUAAAUUUUGCUGCUUUAAUGUGUCAACGAACUGGUGAUACUACACAGUCAAAUGCAGUCUGAUUUUUCUUCUUCAUGAUUGCAUCUUGAUGUUCAGUUGUAAGCUGCAAGUUUUAAUGUCUUACUAUUUUACAAUCAUGCUCGUUCGUUAUGCACAAGAGAGCAAGCAUGUUGAUAUAAAAACUAGAUCAACCUAGAAGGAACUGGGUGCUUCAAAUUAAGAAAAAAAAAAUUAGGCACCCAAAUUCACCUCAAGGACUUGAACUUGGGUGGUAGAGGCACCCUCAAGCAGCUAAGCUAGGCUCAGCUUCCUAAACAUGUUGAAAUGUCUUGCAUUGAGAUAGUGGGUACAACAGUUACGGUGAGUUGUUAAAUUAAUGUACCAACUAGAAGCUGAUGUUCCAGGACCAUCAUCCCUGUACUUCGCCUGAAAUUCAAUAUGUCGGUUGCUUCUUCCCCUUACAAGCGGAAAUUCUUAGAAACAUCACUCACUAACUCUGAUAUACUCCGCUGGGCCUACUUAUUACUGAGGUGCUGUUUGGUUCUAGGAACUUUUUUAAAGUCCCUGUCACAUCAAAAAGAAUCUUACUAUUUUAGAGUAUUAAAUAAAAUCUGUUUAUAAAUUUUUUUGACAGCUGAGUGCUAAUUCGCGAGACGAAUCUAAUGAGCCUAUUUAAUUUAUAAUUCUAAAUGCCCUAGGGUUCUGCAAUUAGUUUUAUAAUUAACCUUUAUUUAAUACUUUUAAAUGCUAAGAUUCUCUUUGAUGUGACAUAGACUAAAGUUUAGCCCCUCAAACCAAACAACCCUGAGUCUUCUGAAAGGUUGACAGAUGAGUAUUCCCUCUGUUCCAAAUCACAUAUCACUUUAUUUUUUUUUGCCGGUAACAUAUCACUUUAGUUUUACUCCAAAUCAAAUAUUUUUUAAACUUUUACCAGCCUUAUAGAAAAGAUGUAAAUUUACACAAUACCGAAUAAAUAUACUGUCAAUAUGCACCUCAUUACGGAUUUAAUGAAACUAAUUUGAUGUCGUAUAUGUUUGUUUCUUACAUAUAUAUAUACUCUUUCAAAGUUAGACAAAUGAAAUUGAGGGAGUAUUUCAUUCCUCCUGGUAGCACAUUCAUAUGGCUCUGUCAGUCUAAACACAACUGCAAGCAUCAGUAGACAGGUCUGUGUUUCGUGGAAGGAGGAAGCUGAGGCGCCCAGCGGCGACUCCUCGUGAGCCGCGAGCUCAAACAAAUGGGCCAAAUGUAACGGACGCGCCGGUCGCCGGCGCCUGCUGGAGGUCUGUGAUGCCGCGUGUUCCCAUUGCACUGGAAGGUCGCUAUAAAACCCACCCGCUUGUGCCGCCAAGGUUUCGCCGCCCGCGUCGCACCAACAGAGCGCCGCCGCAGGCAAGGAAGAAAGAGCCCCCGGAGCACCUGCCGUGUGCUGCGAAGAAGAUCGAGUCGACGACGAUGGGGGCCAGCGCGAGCGUCGCGUCGUCACUGGCGCCUACGGCCGUGGCGGCCGCCGCCAUCGUCUGCCCACCGGCCGGCCUGGCCGCCGGAGCGAUCUUCGGCGUGGGGGUGGCGGUCGGGGCGGCGUGGGGCGGGGCCAGUAAACCACCCGCCGCCGCUGCUCCUGCUCUCGACGACGCCCUCGACGCGGUCGUCAGCGCGGCGGAGGCGGUGGCGGAGUACCUGCGCGCGGUGAUGGACGCCGCGUGCUCGGGCGCCGCCGCCUGGGCCCUGGAGAAGCUCGAGGAAGCCGCGGCGUUCGUCGUCGACAGGGUCGUCAGGCUCCUCCUCCGCCUGCGCGGCGGCAAGGAAGCCGCCGCGGCGAGGCGCGAGAUGCGCCGCGCCGCCGCCCGACGCGCGGGCCACGACGUGUUCGCCGAGGCCGCGGCGCGCGUCGCCAGGUCCGGGCGCUGCAUCAUGGGGCCGGCGGCAGCUUUGUCGACGGACGUCGUCGUCGUCCCCGCUGCUGCCGCCGCGCACGGAGCGCUGGCGGCCCUGCCGAGGAGAUCGGUCUCCGAGUCCGACACCGACGACGUCGCGAGGCGCGCGGCCAGAAGCGCCGCGGGGAUGAUGGGUCUCAUCCUUGAGUCCUUCGUCGCGGAGGCCUAUCUGGGCGACAGCAUUACUGCGGCGGCCAGGUCCUCCAUCGCCGUCAUAGCCGCCGCGGUGGCCGUCUGCCUCGACGUUGUCGCUUCCACCGACGCAAGGGCCUAGGCUUAAUUACCUGCACCGCUGCACUGCGCUGCAGGCCACUCCGUUGUUUUAAUUUGCAGGUUUUCAUUUACGUACUGCACAGUGAGGGUGUGUUUCAGUGAUGCUUUGCGACAGUGUGAGUAACUUAUUUGCAUUGCGCCCUUGCCUCUAAAAAGUUGGAUUUAUUUUUUGUC